CUGGUGAUACAAAUAAGGACAGAAAUGUAACACUUAAAAUGCCCACUGAAGUUUUUAGUGACAAAUGCUCCCUACUUGUUAACAUGACACGACCUGUGCUGGAUCACCUCAGUCUGAAAAUACACUACACUGAUCCACUCCUGCAAGUUUUGGGAGUUAAGAGCAGUCCAGAGCCGAGGACGGUGAUUCGCCAGCUGCAAGAAGCAUCUAAGCAAUCUCAAUCCACUGAUAUAUCCAUGCUUCACAACAUAGCAAAUGAAUGCUAUAAGUUUCUAGAUCAGUGGGUCAGUGAUUCUGGGAAUUCCACUUUCAUUUCACAGUGUGCACGUUCAUUCCCAUUCAUCUUUGUUGGUAAUACAUUUGUAAAUGUCAACCGCGUAGCUGAAAGUGAGCAACUCAAAGCAAAGCCCUAUCUCCAUGUACUUCCGCCUGCCUUUACUAUUUACAGAAGUCUUUGGAAAAGUGCAGGUGUUACAAAGAAAUUUACAGUCCUUCAGUUUCGAAGUGUGCUCCAAGAACUGCAUACUCAACAUGGAAGCAAGCCACUGCCACAAACAGAUCUAUCAAUUUGCCUCACAAUUUUAAACAAUGGGAUUUAUGAGGCCAAAGAGGAAACAACGGGUGACUGGCUGAUACCCAAUGAGCAAGGGGUCUUACAACCUGCAACUGAGCUGUUUUACAAUGACAGCCCAUGGAUACCAGUCACUAAAGAUAUCACACUGUGUCACAAAAAUAUCCCACGUCCAAUGGCUCACCACUUUGGAAUCAAAACAACCAGACAUCAUACUCUGGACAACUGUGUAUCUGACAACAUUUCACCAUUUAGUUUUGAGUUUGAACAGAAGGAACAACUCAGUGUUAGAAUAAAAAACAUAAUUUCAGCUUAUCCAUCAAAGAAAGAUAUCCUUAAAGAGUUAAUCCAAAAUGCAGAUGAUGCAGAGGCAACAGAAAUUCACUUUGUUUGGGACAAACGAGAGCAUGGAAAAGAAAAAACAUUUGGGGAGAAAUGGAACCCCCUUCAAGGUCCAGCACUGUGUGUGUUCAACAAUAAAGUGUUUUCUGAUGCCGACUUGAACGGCAUUCAACAGCUUGGGGAAGGAGGAAAACACAACUCUCCAGGGAAGAUAGGAAAAUAUGGAGUUGGAUUCAACUCUGUUUACCAUCUGACUGAUUGCCCUUCAAUCCUCACUGGUGAUCAAAUCCUUUGCAUUUCUGACCCCAAUCAAAAAUACAUUGAAAGUCAUUCAGACAAACCACCAGCUGGAAUUGGCUAUAACCUAGAUGACAGAUUUAAGGCAACGUACAUAGAUGUCUACAAAUCCUUCCUUCCAGACAUCUUUUCUCUUAAAGAGGGCACCAUGUUUAGAUUACCCCUGAGGAUGGGCACCAGUGCAAACUGUUCCAAAAUAUCAAAAGAAGGAGUGACUGACCGUGACAUGAAAGAGCUGUGCUCUGCCCUGUCUGAAGAUCCUGAAGGACUAAUUUUGUUUCUGAAAAACAUCUGUAAAAUAAAAGUCCAUGAAAUUGAUGAACAAUCAGGAAAACUUAAAAUCAUCUAUGAGGUCGAAAAAAGUCUUCCACAAGAGAGCAAGGAAGAAAAAGAUGGUUUUAUAAAAUGUCUACAAAAUGCCGUACAAUCUGGCAUGACGGUGACCCCCAAAAAGACUUUUUAUGAAGUCAUGAUUUCCACCUCAGAUGAAACACAAAGUAAAUGGAUUGUUGCAGAACAGUUUGGCUCAGAUGAUGAUGUACAAAAACUCUCAAACAAACUUCGCAAGCAGCACUAG